AUGUUUAAGCAGUACUCCCAGAUCCUGUCCCACAAGAGGAGGAAGAGUAAGGGAAGCGCCAUCCAGGUGCUGUCCGCUGCUCAGUCGGAACCCGCUUCGGAGGCGCCCACGGUGAAUGAGCCUGUUGAGACAUGGGUUCACUCGCAGCCGCUAGAUCUGGAGGGACAACAACAGAAUGAGUGUUUCACUACUCUCACGGCCCGCAUCCACAAAUACGACCAUGUCGCCCAGAGAGGAAGCGACCGGUUCAUCGAAGACCUCAACGCUGCGCUCGGCAGCGACAGCGAAAAGCGCAAAGAGAGCUACCUAACCUCGACGGUAGGAAACUACGCCAGCUUCCUGUAUCCCGAGUGCGCGCCCGACAAACUCGAGCUUGUCGCCUACUUGACCGAGUUGGCAAACUUCCAUGAUGACCAAGCUGAGAGCAAGGAGGAGCAGCCGGAGGGAGAGAAGCCCGAUGAGCAGACCGAGUCGCCUCGUUCCGAGGUCCGGAAGAAGCUUCUUCAGAAGGUAAUGGGUGGUUUGACCGACAAGGACGGACAAGACAUCAUCGACUGCUACCGGAGUACCUGGCUUGUUACUCCCGAGGUUCCGACGGCCGACAACUGCGCUAACCUUGACGACUAUGUCGCCCGUCGCCGGCUGAAUGCCGCAAUUGACGUUUACUGGACUCUAAUGGGCUUCGCACACGGCACGCGCCUCGGAAAAGAAGACCAAGCGAUCGUGCGAGACGCUUUGGAUGCAGCAGAGCGGACGAUGUUCUUCACGAACGAUUUCUACAGCUGGCCCAAGGAGAAGCGCGACUACAAGACGAGACGCGUUGCCAACGUGAACCUUUUCCUUAUGAAGCACGAAGGCCUGUCGGAAGAAGACGCUCGGGCCAAGACCAAGGAGCUCAUCCUUGAGAACGAAAAAGAGUUUAUCCGGAGACGCGAGACGCUGUAUCACAACAACCCCGAACUGCCUGCCCAUCUGAAGAAAUGGAUGGAGGUCCUUGGUGCCGCGCUCGGUGGCAUCCACUACUGGUGCAAGAACGCCCCGCGAUACGACGUCCCCGACGAGCCAUUUGAGGAGAGUGAAGACGAGUCCGAGUCCUCUGACGAAGACUCCGACGAGGAAUCCGGAGACGAGAAUGAAGAUGAGGACGAAGAGGGACAGGAAGAGGUUGCGGAAGAGCAACCCGUCGAACCUGAGGAGGAACUCCCUCUGUGGACUCCGCUCGUCGCUGAAGAGGAGGCUCCGGCAGUGAACCUGGACACCUCUGCUCUCCUUGCACCAACCGGCUACCUCGGCUCCAUUACCUCCAACGAAGUCCAGUCGGAGCUUCUCACCGCGCUGAACGUCUGGCUGCAGGUUCCCAACCGUCCGUUCAGCUUCAUCAAGCAGGUCGUUGAUGAGCUCCACCAGUCGACCCAGAUCCUGGCCGACAUCGAGGACCAGGCCACUUCUCACCACCAAAGAAGCGCUGCCCACCAGGUCUUCAGCCCCGCGCAGUGCAUGAACAGCGCUACUUACACCUUCGUCCGCGUCGCCAAGGUUGUCAGCAGCCUUAACGUUCCCGGCAUGCUCGGCGGUCUCCUCGAGGAGCUCGAGUCGCAUUUCAUCGGCCAAUCCUGGGACCUGAACUGGAGAGCUACCCUGGACUGCCCGACGGAGCAGGAAUAUCUGGCCAUGGUCGAUAAAAAGAGCGGAUCGCCCUUCCGCAUGCUGGUUCGUCUCAUGCAAUCCGCCAGCAUGGGUGGUGUGGCUCUGGACUUCGAGGGUCUUGCGCAGCUGUUCGGUCGCUGGUACCAGAUUCGCCAGGAGUACUUGGGUCUCCUGUCUGGCCGCAACCAGUCCAGCUUCGGCGAGGACCUUGACCAAGCGAAGAUCACCUACCCGAUUGUCCGCUGCUGCAACGUCGAUCCCACCGCGAAGGCUAUCAUCCUCGGCAUCUUCAGACAGAAGCCUCAGGGCGCUACUCUUUCGACGGAAAGCAAGUUGCAAAUCCUUGAGCUUCUGCAGAAGGCUGGUGCCGUGGAAGCCACCUACAACCUGGUCCAACAGCUUGGUCGCGACAUCGUGAAGAGUGUCGGUGAGCUGGAGACCGCUGCCGAGGAGGCGAACCCUACCCUGAAGGCUCUGGUGAAGUCUCUGGGUGAACUACCUGCCCCUGCUCAGAUCUACGGGUCUGCCUAA